UAACCAAGAUAUGGAUAGAUUAUAACAGAAAUUGAUGGGGAAACAUGCGACCAGGCAUCUCAAUUCAAUCCUUAUGCCCUCUCUUUCUGUUUGAUUUAUGGUAUAUGUGUGUUUCCUAUUAAUAUAUCAUUUAGAGCUAACCUUUUUUGCUGUGAAACUGCAAGCUUGUGAUCAUUCAAAUCUUGAUAUGCGACACAGGCCAAUCGGCAUGGGGCUUGGCAGUGUAAUGUGCGAUACAGGUCUAUUAUGCGCUGGUACAUGUGCAAAUAAUGUUAUUUUUUCCAGGUCUAAACUAUUAGCUCUCUUUUGCUCCAAGGGCUGUAGACUGAACGGAGACUGAUGAGAGGCUGGACUGCGGAGAGGAGUAUGUAAUACAGAAAAAAGAUUGAUCAGGGAGUUGGAUCAUAGGCGCAGCUGGACGACCGUCCGUAGAAGAAUGGCGCUCAAAUGCUGGAUGACGACCUACAGAGAGCUGAUUGGAGCAAACGUUAAACUGAAGUGCUACAGUUCUUAGUGCGGUGCUUGGGAUUUGGCCUGUACGAUUUGUCAAAAUAGAAGAAGAGGGAAGGUCAGAAGAAACUGGGAGAACAACAACAAUCAAAACGACGAUCUGUAGCAAAGCAUGAGCAUUUUGCUCAACCGGAUUCUUGAUGUGUACACUUCGAGCCAGAGCCAACGCACAAGUCCUUUCCCUUACCUCAUGGACCACUUGGUCGGUGUCUAGGUUUCUGAUGCUGCCAAGCCGCCUCUUCGUCAACCCCGGUGGACGGCAAACUCGACUGCCAGGAACAAUAUGUCUGAAAUGUUCGAUCUCCCAAACGGAACUAUCAUUGAUGUUUCCGGCGGCGUGACAUAUGUCGGCCCAGCUGAGGCUGAUUUUUGUGCCCCUAGCGGCAUGAGGGAGAUCGCUAUAGUUGAUAGCGGACACAACACAAUCUUCCUGCGUUUUUUUGGUGAGUCUACUUAUCUACUCGGCGAUCAGCUGUUAUCUGCAGAACAGAACAAUGCAGUUGUUGUGGCCUCCAACAUGGAGGUUGUUCAUCAAUCAAAGUCUCUUGAUAACACCAGUGCCACCACUGUCACAUUUGAGCCAUGCGCAAAAUGCUCUCAGUUUAAUAUUCUCGAAGGUGUUAGGCAACACGUCCGUGCUGAGACAUCAAUCCGGGAGCACGUGAAAAAAUUGGUCUUAUACAGAAGGGACAUAUAUGAGGGUCAGAUCGAUGUCACUGAAGAACCUCCAUCCAAGACAUCAAAGCUUAAUAAUGGUGGAUCUAAUCGUUCAUCUGUGAAGGAUCUAUUUGGUUACAUGACCCAGGGCGUAAAGAGAUCGACUAUGAUGGAUGAGCUAGAUUAGCUCGAGAGUUCAAAAUAAUAAUAAAUAAAAAGUACAUGCUCUCCCUUCGUUUAGGGAUGACCUGUUUAAUACAGGCUUCAAGUAUCAUGUGUGCCUAAAACAAUGUUUAUUUUCCGUGGUUUGAUGAUUUUGCUACUUUGAAGUUGCAAUUUUUUAAUGCUAUUAUACUUCCCUGAAUUGUUGAUAUAUCUCAUAUAUUACACGUACGAGGUGGCUA